UGUGUCUCUUAUAAAAAACCCUAGGGUUUGCGUACUCAUGUAGUUGCGCCUCUGCUUGUAAGAGUGAAAUCUUGGCUUUUCCUUCUCGCAAGUCACAACAGAAUUCAUCAUGGCACCAAAGAAGGACAAGGCUCCCCCACCUUCCUCCAAGCCUGCCAAAUCUGGCGGUGGCAAGCAGAAGAAGAAGAAGUGGAGCAAGGGAAAGCAAAAGGAGAAGGUGAACAACAUGGUGCUGUUUGAUCAGGGCACAUAUGACAAGCUUCUCUCUGAAGCACCCAAAUACAAGCUCAUCACUCCUUCCAUUCUCUCUGAUCGUUUGAGGAUUAAUGGAUCACUUGCAAGGAAGGCUAUAAGAGAAUUGAUGGCUAGAGGUUCAAUCAGGAUGGUAUCUGCCCAUGCUAGUCAGCAAAUUUACACCAGAGCAACAAACACCUAGAUGUGGCACUGAUCUUAGCUUAUGGAGUAUUGAUAGGAAUAGUGAAGUAUUGUUCUUUUGAAGUUUGAGAUGCAUCUCAUACUAGCUUCUAUCAGUUCAAGAUUGUUGCCGAAUCCAAGGCUGAGAUUGUAUUUUUGGUUUCCUUUCAUGUGUUUUCGACAGUUGUCUUAUUCUUGUUUUGUUUACUUGAAUUGUUAAUGUGGCAGUGUUUAUUUUUGAAAACGAACCAAUUUGAAGACUUUUG